CGGCGCGGCGCGUGUGGCGCGGUCGUUGCCGACCCGGCGGUCUGUGGGGACGCGCCGGGAUCCCGCUCCUUCAUCCACGGACGGGCGCGGACGCGCUUCCCCCCGCGGCUCUCGGGACCCACUACCAUGGACAGGACCGCCGUGGCCAAGAUGGGAGCGAUGGCGAGCGCCAGCGUGUGCGCGCUGGUGGGCGGGGUGGUGCUGGCGCAGUACAUCUUCACCAUGAAGAAGAAGACGGCCUGCAUGCAAGCCCUGCAUCUCUGGACUCUGCUUGCCACCUAUGCUGUUGCAGUAGGACAAAAUCAAGGACAGAAGAAUCAGGAGUGCCCUAAGCUCAACGCACAGAUGCCAGAAUUUCAGAAGAAGACUGUCCAUAUUAAGGACCCAGGGAGAGUAGAGGAGAUUAUUUGUGGCCUCAUCAAAGGUGGAGCUGCCAAACUUCAGAUUAUUACAGAUUUUGAUAUGACAUUAAGUAGAUUUUCCUACAAUGGAAAAAGAUGUCCAACUUGUCAUAACAUCAUUGAUAACUCUAAGAUCAUCACAGACGAAUGUCGGAAAAAGUUAUUGCAGCUGAAAGAAACCUAUUAUGCUAUUGAAAUUGAUCCAGCUCUCACUAUUGAAGAGAAGUAUCCAUAUAUGGUAGAAUGGUACCAUAAAUCUCAUGCACUACUCAUUGAACAAGGCUUACAGAAGGAUAAGUUUGCAGAAAUUGUGAGGGAAUCUGAUGUUAUGCUGAAAGAAGGAUAUGAGAACUUCUUUGAUAAGCUCAGUGAACAUAAUAUUCCUGUGUUUAUAUUUUCUGCUGGGAUUGGGGAUAUUCUUGAGGAAGUAAUCCACCAGGCUGGGGUCUACCAUUCUAAUGUCAAAGUGGUUUCCAAUUUCAUGGAUUUCGAUGAAAAUGGAGUAUUAAAAGGAUUUAAAGGAGAAUUGAUUCACGUUUACAACAAACACGAUGGUGCCUUGAAGAACACAGAGUACUUCAAACAACUAAAAGACAACAGUAAUAUCAUACUGCUGGGUGAUUCUCAAGGAGACUUGAGUAUGGCAGAUGGAGUAGCAAAUGUCGAGAACAUUCUUAAAAUUGGCUAUCUCAAUGAUAAAGUAGAUGAGCUUCUGGAAAAAUAUAUGGACUCUUAUGAUAUCGUUUUGGUGAAAGAUGAAUCCCUGGAAGUUGCCAACUCCAUCCUACAGAAAAUCCUGUAAAUUGCAGUCUCAAGUCACUCCAUUCCUUUCAGGAGGCAACUGGACAGAAGAGCACACGUGUGCUAUUUUAGAUGUGUUUAUUACUCAUUUACAGAACUGUUUAAUUUAAUUUAAAACUUUUAUCUUCAUUUUGGUAUUCUGGAAUAUAUAUGGUAUCAAUUGUCAACUACAAGCUCCUUUUACUGCUCUUACACUGUUCUUUAUUGUCUCACACUCCUGUUAUAACUAGAUUUAAAUUGGAUUUAGAGAUGUGAUAUACUGCUGCAGAUGGGAUAGUAUGGUUCACUGUCUUUUUUAAUCAGGCAUUUCAGAGCAGCAUUUUAGAAAAUGUGGCUAUUUUGUAAAAUUGAAGGUGUAAACACUCUGUGAACAAGCAGUGUGCGCGUUUGUGUUGCCUUUUCUUUUCAAAGAAGACAUUUCAGUCUCAGCUGUACUUUGAAGGAUCUUAUUCAUAUGCUACAUACUUUCACAGAAGUUUUUCAUACCUAUAUUCUUCUCCAGUAAAAAUGCUUUAUUCACCCAAUUCAGGCAAAGUGUUUCUUCUUCACAGAUUUUUGUAUCAUUAGAAAAAAUUCUCUGUCCUUACUGUUUCUUAUUGUCUGUGAAAUGGGAAGAAUGUUUUAAGUUAGUAUAUCUGAGAUAAAAUUUCUCAUCUUUGUAACAACAGAUCGUUUCACAAGCUAAUAGUACACAGCCUCCCUGCACUGAGCAGGGACAUCUUCAAGUUGAUCAGGCUGCUCAGAGCCCCAUCCAGCCUGACCUGGAAUGUUUCCAAGGAUGGGGCAUCUACCACCUCUCUGGGCAACCUCUGACAGUGUUUCACCACACUCUUCUUCAGAAAGUAUUUCCCCUGUACUGAGCAGCACCUCUCAGCAUUGUGUACAGAAAGGUAGAGCUUAAUACCACCACAGCUUUGGAAGCUUACUUGGAUAUGUUGCAGGAUAAGUAAAAGAUGAUGUUGUGACCCUGGUCCUAUGAGGUCUCAGCUGUACUAAAUCUAUUCAUUAAUAAAAUAGAGGCAAUCAUACAACUUC